AACCUAAAUGUAAAAAAAAAAAAAUUUUACGGAAACCGACGAUCAUCUUCACAAAUGUAAAUAAACACAAGUGGUUUAUAUGUCGUGUGACUAGUAUCGUAAGAUCGCCCCCAUAUUUUUAAUACGAUAAAUUUUCGUUUCAUAAGAAAUUAGACAUUUAUAUAUAAAACGAAUGAAAACUUCCGUUCAUCGUUUAAAAAGUUAUCGUCUGCCAGUGAGAAUAAUGGACGACAUAAAGCUAAGUCUUCCGGCCAAAGUUACCGAGGAUACUCUCUUCGUUACAGCAUCAAGUGGUCAGUGAAAUUUGAAGCGUCUUCUCCAAAUUCGUAAUAAUUUUCUUUACUCUUAGUAUUUCGGUACUUCUUCGUUUUCAAGGCUCAAUGAAGCUGAGAGAUUAAUAAUGGCUGAAUGUCAGGCACUUCAUGCUCCAGAAGAGAAGACAGCUAUAUUUAAUACUAGUAAUUACCUGAACUUGCAACACACAUUACUGGAGAUUGUUGAAGAAUUGAAAGUCAGAAGAAAAAAUGACAAUGAGUAUGAAGAAAGAAUGCAAGAUUUGAGGAAAACCAAUUUAGAGCUCAGUAAGAAUUAUAAUAUUGAACAAAAAAAUAAUUCCAAUUGUAUAGAACAAUGCCAGAAAAGAAUUCAAGAGGCCUACAAUGAAUAUGAACAGAAGAUAUUGUUAAAUGGAGAAAAUAUGGAAAAGUUUCGACUCCUCUACCUGAAUAAAGAAGACGAAAUCACAGCCUUGAAAGAAGAAAUAAAAAAUUUACAGCUUGCAAACUUUGGUUAUCAAAAGCAAAUUAAAGAUCAAGAACAGAAAAUAGAAUUACAACUGAUGAUAGCCGAUCAUCAUGUUAAGCAAAUGUCCCAGGUUGAAUCUAAAGUCAUCUCUAUAAAUACACACAUACAAGCAUUAGGAUUAUCUCAGAAAUCAUUGAAAGAAAAUGUACAGAACUCAUGUCGGCUACAACAGAAAUUAGAAAGGGUCAACAAACAUCAAAGGUGUCAAUUGAAACAGUGCAAUGCAGAUUUGGCCUUGGUACAACAAGAAAUUCUGCAGAUGAAAAUAUAUGCUCAAUCAGUGCCAAAAGAAAUGGUCAAUGCAAGACAACUUCAAGAUGAAAUCACAAAAUAUCAGCAACAUAUUAAUAAACUGAACAUUGAAAAAGAAGAAACAUUGAAACAAUUGGAGAAAUCUAACCAGAAAAAUGACAUAUUGAUGAAAAACCUAACUAAUGUGCAGAAUCUCUUGAAAUAUCAAACAGAAAAUGCUAAAAAAUUCAAAAUGGGUUUUGGAAAAAUUGAGAAGGAAUCUAAAGAAAUAACAGACAUGAAUCUAACAACAACACAACUACAGCAACUUAAACAAAAUAUUGAACCCAACUCAUUGGUUACCCAUCAUGAUGAACCUAAAGCUGCUUCUAUGGAUACUUAGCAUCAGGUAAACAUCACAAUAG